GUUUAGGGGGACAGUGAAAGUUACUUUGUGUGGACGCUAGGGCCUCGGUAGAAAAUAAGCUGCCAAAAGAUUUUGAAAAGAGGUCAGAGAAGGGUUUAGUUGUAGGGUGGUGCUCCCAGGUAAAGGUGCUAAGUCAUGAGGCUAUAGGGUGUUUUGUGACGCAUUGUGGUUGGAACUCGACGUUAGAAGCCUUGAGUUUAGGAGUUCCAAUGGUGGCAGUGCCAUGUUGGUCUGAACAGUUCUCAAAUGCUAAGCUAAUUGAAGACGUGUGGAAGAUUGGAAUCAGAGCUAAAGCUGAUGAGAAACAGAUUGUGAGAAGAGAAGUGCUGAAACAUUGCAUACUGGAAAUACUGAAGAGUGAGAGAGGCAAAGAGGUGAAAAGCAAUGUCAUGGAAUUGAAGGCUUUGGCUGAACAUGCUGUCAGUGAGGAAGGAACGUCUCAUAAAAACACUCUUGAAUUUCUUAAUAGCUUAGCUGCUUCAGCUCAGAAGCACCCUGCAGGAGCUAUUAUUGACACCUUCAAAAUUAAAUAAAAUAGUUCUAUUAAUUUCUGUUUGUAC